AUGUCCAUCUCUUCCUCUCCUUACGCUAAACAAUACGCAAACCACCAGGGCCCCAACGAUGGCAGGCCUACAGGGUCACACAUCGUCAAGGAUUACGGCCUCGAAAACAAGCUCACCGGUAAGGUCGUUCUCGUGACCGGCGCCACCUCAGGAAUUGGGCUGGAGACAGCGCGUGCAAUGCACGAGACUGGUGCAGAUGCUCAAGACUUGAUUGAGGACAUCAAAAAGUCAUACAAGGGCAUAGGCAAGAUUCAACUUCUUGACCUUGACCUUGGUUCCUUGGAUUUCGUCAAGCCGAAGUUCAAGAGUCUGUCCACAACUCUCGAUAUUCUCAUCACAAAUGCUGGCAUUAUGACCACAGCUCCAGGGAGCAGGACCAACGAAGGAUUCAACAUGCAAUUUGGCAUCAACCACUUGGGCCAUUAUACUCUAACUGCCCAAUUACUGCCGCUUCUUAUCCGCUCCAGCACAUACGAAUUCAAUUCACGGGUUGUGGCCAUCACUUCGAGUGCACAUCGGCUCUCCUCGAUCUGGUGGGAUGAUUUAAACUUGACCAAAACUGACGAUUCCAAAACCGCAAACUUGUGGAUGGCAAAUUACAUUGACCGAAAAUACGGUCCACGAGGGGUCCAUGCCAGCGCAGCCAACCCCGAAAUGAUCUGCACUGGCAUUCUUGACGACUUAGACCCUAUCACUAGCGAGCAAUGGAAGAACGACAAGAGUGCUGGAUAUCAUGCAGUCCCCCGCUCAAGGAUCGACAACAACCUUUCUCCUGCGUGGGAAGGAAAGGGCGGGAAAAACCUCGUUGCAUGCGGUGCCGGUGAGCCUUUGAAGGAUGUGAACUCGGUUGUGGACCCAGAGUAUGCUGCUCACGCCUAUGAUGAGGAAGGGGAGGACCGACUAUAG